UCUGUUUACUACAAAGAUGUCGUCUUCUCUGCUAGCUGCUAGCUCACAGCCUCUCCUCCGCAAAAUGACCACUCUCUGAGCAAUACAUCCACCGUGACUCUGCAUUUUUAUCGGCCUUUGCGAGCGCAAAACUUCUCAAAGAUUCGGGAAAAUGCAGCUGAAGCAUCUGAAGACACUGUUAACGCCGCAGGAGGGCGCAGCUAAGGUCACGUGCAUGUCCUGGGCGCCGAACAACGCGAAGUUUGCCGUGUGCACUGUGGACAGAGUGGUGCUUCUCUACGAUGAGCAGGGAGAGCGGAGGGACAAGUUCUCCACCAAACCCCUGGACGCCAAGUAUGGAAAACAGAGCUACACGGUCAACGACAUGGCGUUCUCACCGGACUCCACCAAAAUCGCCAUCGGCCAGUCUGACAACAUCAUAUUUGUGUACAGGAUCGGAGAGGAAUGGGGCGACAAGAAAGCAAUUUGCAACAAGUUUGUUCAGACGAGCGCGGUGACUCGUCUGCUGUGGCCUGCAGAACACGCCAUUGUUUACGGAUUAGUUGACGGCAAAGUUCGUCUCGCUAACACGCAGACAAACAGGUCCUCGACCGUCUACAGCACAGAGACCUGCGUCGUCUCACUCACGUCCAAUGUCUCAGGUAAAGGAAUCCUCUCUGGUCACGCUGACGGAACAGUCGUACGAUAUUUCUUUGACGAUGAAGGAUCAGGAGAUUCUCAGGGGAAGCUGCUGAUGCACCCGUGUCCGCCGUACGCUCUGGCCUGGGCGGCAAACGGCAUCAUGGCGGGCGGCUGUGACAAGAAGGUGGUGGCGUACAGCAGAGAGGGCCACGCCCUGCAGACGUUCGACUACAGCCGCGACAACACCGAGAAGGAGCUGACGGUGGCCGUCACUAGUCCCAGCGGGCAGUCGGUGGUGUUCGGCAGCUACGACCGGUUGCGUGUCUUUAACUGGGCUCCACGGAGAGGAGUGUGGGAUGAAGCCAAACCGAAGGAGAUCGCCAACCUCUACACCAUCACCAGCCUGGCCUGGAAGAAAGACGGAUCGCGCCUCUGUGCUGGGACGCUGUGUGGAGGGGUGGAGCUCUUUGACUGCUGCCUGCGUAGAGCCAUCUACAAGAACAAGUUUGAGAUGACCUACGUCGGCCUGAGCCAGGUGAUCGUGAAGAACCUCUCCACGGGAACCCGCGUGGUCCUGAAGUCGUACUACGGCUACGAGAUAGAGGAAGUGAAGAUCAUGGGGAAGGACAGAUUCCUGGUGGCUCACACGUCAGACACUCUGCUGCUGGGAGACCUGCACACCAAUAAACUGAGCGAGGUGCCUUGGCCUGGUUCUGGUGGCAACGAGAAGUUCUUUUUUGAAAAUGAAUCUGUGUGUAUGAUCUUUAACGCCGGGGAGCUGAGUCUGGUGGAGUACAGCAACAACGAGAUCCUGGGAUCUGUCAGAACCGAGUUUAUGAAUCCUCACCUCAUCAGUGUCCGGCUGAAUGAGAGGAAGCAGAGAGGAGUGGACGACAACAAGAAGCUGUCUUAUCUGAUCGACAUUAAGACGAUCGCCAUCGUGGACUUGGCCGGAGGCUACAACCUGGGAACCAUCAGCCACGACUCCAAGAUUGACUGGCUGGAACUUAAUGAAACCGGACGCAAACUGCUGUUCAGGGACAAGAAGCUGCGGCUUCACCUGUACGACAUCGAGAGCGGCCUGAAGACCACGCUGCUGAGUUUCUGCUCGUACGUGCAGUGGGUGCCGGGCAGCGACGUGGUGGUCGCCCAGAACCGAGGAAGCCUCUGCAUCUGGUACAGCAUCGACAGCCCGGAGAGCAUCACCAUGUUCCCCAUCAAGGGAGAUAUUGUGGAUCUGGAACGAGUGGAAGGGAAGACGGACGUGAUCGUGACGGAGGGCGUCAACGCGGUGACGUACACGCUGGACGAAGGCCUCAUUGAGUUCGGCACCGCCGUGGACGACGGAGACUACGACAGAGCCACAGCUUUUCUGGAGACUCUGGAAAUGUCGCCAGAGACUGAAGCCAUGUGGAAGACGCUCAGCAAGCUGGCUGUAGAAGCACGACAGCUACACAUCGCAGAGAGGUGUUUCGCAGCACUGGGCGACGUCUCCACCGCUUCUUUCCUCCACCAAACAAACCAGAUUGCCGACAAAGUGUCCGAUGAAAUGGGAGGAGAUGGGACAGUCCACUACCAGGUCCAGGCCCACAUGGCCAUGCUGGAUAAAAACUUUAAAGUGGCUGAGAUGCAGUAUGUGGAGCAGAAUGCCAUAGAUGAAGCCAUAGAGAUGUACCAGGAGCUGCACAUGUGGGACGACUGCAUCGCUGUGGCUGAAGCUAAGGGUCACCCGGAGCUGGACAGCCUGCGCAGGAACUAUUACCAGUGGCUGACAGAGACGGGUCAGGAGGAGAAGGCCGGCGAGGUGAAGGAGAGUGACGGAGACUUCCAGGCCGCCAUCAACCUGUACCUGAAGGCCGGACUCCCGGCCAAGGCUGCCCGUCUGGCCCUGAGCCAACCGGAGGUCACCGGCAACGCCGACACCGUCAGCCGCAUCGCCGUCAACCUCGUCAAGGGAGAGUUUUACGAGAGGGCAGGAGAUCUUUACGAGAAGAUCAAGAACAACCAGAAAGCCCUGGACUGUUACUGCAGAGGAGGAGCCUUCAGGAAAGCGGUGGAGCUGGCUCGCGUCGCCUUCCCGGGCGAGGUGGUGAAGCUGGAGAAGUCGUGGGGCGACUACCUGGUCCAGCAGAAGCAGAUGGACGCCGCCAUCAACCACUUCAUUGAAGCCGGCUGCUUCCUCAAAGCCAUCGAGGCGGCAGUCGCCGCUCGCCAGUGGAAGAAGGCCGUCCAGAUCCUGGAGGACGUGGACAAGGAUUCGUCCGCCGGGAAGUACUACGUGAAGAUCGCCCAACACUACGCCUCCAUUCAGGAAUAUGAGGUGGCGGAGCAGCUGUUUGUGAAAGGAGGUCACAUUAAAGACGCCAUCGACAUGUACACCACGGCAGGACGCUGGGAGGAGGCUCACAAGUUGGCGGUGAGAUGCAUGUCAGAGGAGGAAGUCACGGCUCUGUACAUCAGCAAAGCUCAGGAGCUGGAGAGAGACGGCAAGUUCAAAGACGCCGAGAGGUUGUUCACGGCCGUGAAGCAGCCUGAUCUCGCCAUCACCAUGUACAAGAAGAACCGCAUGUUUGACGACGUCAUUCGCAUGGUGGCCAAGUAUCAUCCCGACCUGCUGACGGAGACUCACAUCCACCUGGCCAAGGAGCUGGAAACUGAAUCCAGGUACUCUGAGGCCGAGUACCACUUCAUGGAAGCAGAAGAUCUGAAAGCUGCGGUCAACAUGUACAGAGUCAAUGACAUGUGGGAGGAUGCGUACAGGGUGGCCAAGGCUCAUGGAAGUGCUGGUGUCCAGAAGCAGGUGGCUUAUCUGUGGGCCAGGAGCCUGGGAGGAGAGGCGGCCGUCAAGCUGCUCAACAAGUUCGGGCUCCUGGAGAACGCCAUCGAGUCGGCUUUAAAUAACCUCUCGUUUGACUUCGCCUUCGAUUUGGCUCGUCUGUCGUGUAAAGAGAAGAUUCCAGAGAUCCACCUCAAACACGCCAUGUACCUGGAGGACGAGGGAAAGUUCCCCGAGGCCGAGAUCGAGUUCAUUAAAGCGGGAAAACCCAAGGAAGCCGUUCUCAUGUACGUCCACAACAAAGACUGGGCCAACGCGCAGCGCGUGGCCGAAGGCUACGAUCCAGAGAGUGUGUCUGAGGUUCUGGUCGGUCAGGCAAAGUUCUGCUUUGAGGAGAAAGAUUUCCAGAAGGCUGAAGCUUUCCUGCUCCGAGCCCAGAGACCAGAACUGGCCGUGAAAUAUUACAAAGAUGCAGAUAUGUGGAGCGAUGCCAUGCGUAUCUGUAAGGAGUAUCUGCCCAACAAGCUCUCCAUUCUCCAGGAGGAGUAUGAGAAGGAGACCUCCAAAAAGGGAAUCCGAGGAGUGGAGGGUUUCCUGGAACAGGCCAGAGAGUGGGAACAGACGGGUGAAUACUCUCGAGCUGUGGAGUGUUACCUGAAGGUGAAGGACGACGCCAACAAGGCUCUGAUGGAGAAAUGCUGGAUGAAGGCAGCAGACUUAGCCAUCAAGUUCCUGAGUGCAGAUCGAGCCGUGGAGGUGAUCCAGGUGAUCGGACCUCGACUGUCACACCUGGGGAAAUACAACGCUGCCGCUGAACUUUACGUCAACAUGGACCUGAUCAAAGAAGCCAUCGACGUUCUCAUGGAGGGAGAGGAGUGGAACAAAGCCAAGAGAGUCGCCAAAGAGCUCAAGCCCAGGUACGAAGAGUACGUGGACCAGAAAUACAAAGAACAUCUGAAGAAUCAGGGGAAAGUCGACUCUCUGGUGGGUGUGGACGUCAUGGCGGCUCUGGACAUGUACGCAGAGAGAGGACAGUGGGACAAAUGUCUGGACACAGCGUCCAAACAGAAUUUUAAAAUCCUCCACAAAUACGUCGCUCUGUACGCGACUCACCUCAUCAAAGAAGAAGACGCCGUCAAAGCGCUGCAGCUGUAUGUCCAGCAUGGGGCGCCACCUAACCCCCAGAAUUUUAACAUCUACAAGCGUCUGUUCCUGGACUUCAUUAACCUCCCUGACACAAACGGACCAGAGUCUUACCGCAUGUGGGCCGACCUCCGCAACUUCCUGCUGCAGCUGAACGAGAACGUGUCCAAGUCGGCCGAGGCCAACACUGCGGCUCACGAGGACUUUGAACAGAUGCUGCUCAUCGCUCACUACUACGCCACACGAGCCGCCGCCAGUGGAGUCGAGCCACUGAUCAGCGUCUCGGCCAAACUGUCCGUGUCUCUGCUGCGUCACACCGAGCUCGUCCCCGCAGACAAGGCGUUCUACGAGGCCGGUCUGGCCUGCAGAACUGUGGGCUGGGAGAACAUGGCCUUCGUCUUCCUCAACCACUUCCUGGAUCUGUGUGACGCCAUAGACGAGGGAAACCUGGACGCUCUGGAUCAUUCCGACUUCAUGGAUACGGACAUUCCCUUUGAGGUUCCCGUCCCCAACAAACUCUGCGUCACAGACGUGCAGCGGGAGCAGAUCCGGGACUGGGUCCUGAUGGUUUCCAUGGACCAGCGUCUGGAGCAGGUUCUUCCUCGAGACGAGAGGAACUCGUACGAAGCCUCGCUGGUGGACGCAAACACCGGACUGCGAUCUCUGCCCUGCAUCCUCACUGGUUACCCCGUGCUACGAAAUAAGAUCGAGUUCUCGUCUGUGGGAAAAAUGGCAAACAAGGAAGACUGGAACAAAUUCCACAUGGCAACGAAGACGACUCACAGUCCCGAGUGUCAGGACGUCCUGAAGUUCAUCAACCAGUGGUGCGGCGGUCUGCCGGCGUCGGGAUUCUCCUUCAACUGACUCCGCCCCCUUCUUCAUCUUAUCUAUGUGACGCUACCCGAUCUGUCGUGGAAACCCCCCAAUGAUUUUUUUUCUACCCAUGUAUGAAGUGCGGCUACUUCCUGUCGAAACAAUUGACAGCAGUUUUAUUUUGUUUUACCGCUAACAGGAAGUAGCUGCACUUUCGCACAUGUGUACGAUAAAUCGGGUUUUUUACGAUCAAGAUCAGGUGGUGAUCGCUCCAUUUCCUGUCUCCUCCUCCCCUCUCUCAGGAUGACAUCAUCUUCCACGACUGAAAAAGCCAAAGUCGGAUUUUUAGCAAAAAGACUUUUUAACUUAUACUAUAUAACACGAUAUGAAAAACAAGAACUAUUUAAUAAUGUGUGUGUGUGUGUGAGAUAUCGGACAUAUUUUGUUUAAAUAAAAAGUCGCUUUUCAAACGUCGUCCAGACUUUACUCUUUUAUCUAGAGACAGAUUGAGUUUAACACCGGACGUCUUAGGCUUUAAAAAAACAGUCAAUCCUAAAAUGUUCAUAAUUAAUUUGUGUAU